UUUUCUCUUGCGGAGAAAAAUCGAAAAAACCUUCAACGACGAAGUCAACGAAAACGCCAACAAUGUCACUACCAGCACGCCUGUUGGCUCCAUUAGAGGGGGCGCCCUCUAGAAUAUCUAGUGCGUUAUACGUCUGUUCGACCUGCAGACGCCAAUGCCUGCCCCAGUCCUUUCGAUCUAUCAACCACCGAUUCCAAUUUCGCCAGUACACCCCAUCAAACAGCAGCCAAAGUAACGGUAACGGCGACCUUCCUGUGACUGAAAAACUGCGGAGGAAGCUAUGGGGAACCGACAAUCCCCCGGGAGUCAAGGAUCCGUACGGAAGUGAAAGCCAGCUAGACUAUGUCGAACCAGAAGAACUGUCAAAGGCGGACCCUUACCUCGCAUCUGAGUUGGGAGAGGAUGAGCAGGGAGUGCGUAUUGCCACUGCUGAAGAAAAAGAACGAGCGGAAUAUAAGAGUGCGGAUACCUGGGAUGGUUUAAGACAGGUUGGCGCGGAGCAAUGGUGGGAGAAUCCUCCUAAGGCCGAGGAUUUUUUUGCACCAUUUAUGAGCAUCGAGAAAGUCACCUCCCGCACCAAAUUCUACCAAAUCCUCCACCAAACCAUGGUCGAAAUACUCAUCUUGAAAACCAUGAACAAGCCUCUCACAGACGGCUGCAAUAUCAUGGGCUACGAAGAUGAGAUCCUCUCUAUCAUUAACCAGGCGGAGGUGACGCCAACUACCGAUUUCGCUACUGCAUCCCUGACUUUCCCUAGCGAGGAAGCGAAGAAAACUAUAUAUGAAUGGUUUUCACAACUUUAUGAACCAGUAGAAGAUAGCGCUGAAGCGGGAGCGGAAGAAGUCGACUUUGCUGCGGAAUCCACCCAGGCGGACGAGACUCUGCCUGAGGAGGCCAGACAAGACGAAAUGGAUACUAAUGACCCAAGACCCUACCGUCCUACGAAUCUCGGGUUCCUCGGCAUGCCUCUUUCAGACCCCGAGUUCAAAUUUGCUUAUCUCAAACGCGCCAGCCAAUUAGCCGGCUACCGCAUCCCAGACCCAGAAGUGGCCAAAAUCACCAAACCAUCACGACUUAUGAGCUUCCUCUCUGAAGUCUCGAAGCCGAAGCCGAAGAAGCUGGCAGAGCACCUCCUUAAGGAUAAACGUCUUACCAGCCUGCCCAACGUCAAGAUCAUGGAUAGGAGAUACACGCCGAUCGAUAAGGAGAAGGAGAUUGGGCGCUGGAAGAUUAUUGAGGAGGAGUUGACGAGGAGGGGUUUGCCGGUUACUGGUCGGGCGAGGGCUUGAGGGACGUGGUGAUGAGAAAGAGAGCGGUGAAGAUUGGCGGGUUUGGUUAAUCCGUUGGCUAUUAAGGGGAACCUGAUCAUAGAUUGAUUGGAGUGCGGUGAUGUGAAGAGUGGCGGGGAAUUGUGUACCACUUUUCAGUUGGCGGGCGCAUGUAGACUAUUGCUUUGGAUUUGUUCUAUCUACGUUCGGAACUUCCUGCUUUUCCUUUCUGGUUAUUUUUUUUGUCAUGCUAAUCUGUAUGAAUAUAUCUGUAGGUCUGGUUUAAAAACUUAGAAGUUGUCUAUGAACUAUGAAAUGGGUGAAAGCGCUUGCGCACUUUGAGUAUUUCUUACCACGCUCGCUAUAUUCUAGGGGAAUAAUUACAGCUUCACUCAAGAGUCCAAAAAUUCAACUCAAAGAUGGUUAUUCAAUAUAUUGAAUUCUAUCUGUCCAAUCCUACAAAGAACAUAACAUGGACCACAGUAUCGGCUCCGCACAAGUUUCCCACUGUUGCCUGCCCGUUGUUGAGUUUGAUUCCUUUCCGUAUACUGUUUAUUCAUGACACUCUAAGCCCACCGCAAUUUUGUUGGACAAGCAUUUCAAAAGUUCGCACGCCAUUUACAAGCCACAUUGCGGUCGUAAUCGCAUGGUGCUGCUAGCCGUACAAAUUCAUAUGCGAAUGCAGUGUCAGAAAGACGGGUAAUGCUGGUAUGAGAGGGUUUCCACAGCUCAGGUUCCGCAAAAUUCGGCUCCGCCCCCGGAAAUUACAGAUGUCGACUUUCCGAACCUCUGCAACUGCUAGAGAGACCAUUUAUAAAGUUUCUCUCUAAUGUCACCGUCAAACCGUCACAAGAAGGU